UCGACCGUAAAUGCUCUUGAACCACUGGCAGAGGCAGGCGUAAGAUUUGCAGACCACAGCAGGUUGUAGAGUGUUGUUCGUCUUGAACUGGACAGGAUACGUCAACCGAAAGAGAGUUUUUAUCGUAGUAAAGUGCUAGUAUCCGCCCAAACGGUCAAUCGGUCAGUUUUGUGGGAUUAUGACCGGUGCAAGUGCAAACGGGUUCGAAUAGAAAAAAAAUCGUCAAGAUGAAAUCAUAAAAACUGGAAUUGUUCCUUUGUCGAUUACAAUCAGAUAAUAAAAAAAUCAGUAAAACAAAGUACGAUUGAAGGCGGAAAUUAAAACAUUUAGCAGUGCUGCAGGCGUACAUAACCGUUCCUCCCGGAUCUCAACGAAGAGGGAACGCCAUAAGAAGCGAACCUCCAACAAAGCUUGCAAACCAUCUCCAACCACUUCAGCCGACUCCUUCCCACCAUGCGACCCAACAGCAUGACACCGCUGAUGGUUCUGAGUACUGUCGCCAUCAUUCUCUGUCUGGCCUGUGCAGCCUACAGUUCCGGUAGUACUGGUCCCGAGCAGACACUAUUCAGCAACGGCCAAAGCUCCGAUACGGAUGCCGACGACCGAGGCCAGCGGGAAAUUUCACAGGCCACAUUCCAGCAUCUGCUUGCCGUCCGUUCGCCCAAGUACAACUUUGGGCUCGGGAAGCGGCGGUACAUUAUCGAGGACGUUCCUGGAGCUAAGCGGCUGCCACACUACAAUUUCGGGCUGGGAAAACGAGGGAGGAUGGACCUGUUUGACUACGAGGAGGAUUCUGGUUUGCCGAGUUGGAGCGAUGAGUACUCUGGAAUAAUAUCUAAAGACAUUCCAGACUACGAAAUGGAAAAGGACAAAGCCGACGAGAAGCGCUCUCCAGGCGCCUACCGAUACCAUUUCGGACUGGGCAAGAGACGAGUGUACGAUUUUGGAUUGGGCAAGCGCUCGUCUCAGGGUGUCGAAGAGAAGCGACUGCCGAAUCGGUACAACUUUGGACUCGGUCGUCGUUAAUCAAUCGUUGAACAGCGUAAUUAGUCACCCUUAACGGAAUCCACUGGACCUGUACAUUGACCCUGGCCAAGUUCUUCUGCACCCCAGCAAUGAUGUCUACCAUCAACAAAACGAAUGACUAUACAAUGUAUACAAACAAAGCUAAACAGAACACUAAAUACUACAACAGUGAAAGAACAAACGCGAAAAAACAUGCGUAUAUAUGCCCCCCAAAACAAUAAUCUAUUUAUGAGCAUUUAUUGUUUCGAAAACCAACCGUUCUAAUUAUUAUUUGUGAGAUAUCAUACAAUGUAUCUAAAAUAUGAACCACUAUUCAAUACUUUAACCUGUCAUUAGUCAUGAGCAAAGUGUAAUUCGGAGACGUGUGCUAAUGUGCCAAAUAUUAUAUUUACUAUACAAAUCAUUAUGAUAGUAUAAGCAACAUGAACAGUACCAUUUUCUGUACAUUUUCUUACAAUCUCUCUCUGUGUAAGAAACUUAUAUGAAAUUGGAAGAAGCACGAAACUGUGUUUGGAUUACUAACCGAACCCGAAACCAACCCAAACAAUGUAAAUAGGAGCCCACCAGCAAGAUUAUGAAAUAUACGAAACGGUUCUACGAGAGAAAACGAAGCCCUUGUUAGUACAUCAGUACCACGUUGUCGAUAUUCUCCAUCAGAAAUGAAUAUCGUUUCUGAUGUAAAAAAGCGACGCAGUAAAUACGACAUCCAGCAGGAGAAACGCCAAAAAUGCAUCUGGAGAACCGGCUAUAUUCAUGUGAAUUGUUUUAUGAAAAUAUUUUAAAACUGUUGAUAUCCAAAGUGACAUGAUCAAGAACGCAUUUUAAAUCGUUGUUUACACACAAUUAAGCAUCAAUUAUACUGAAGUAAAAUACAAACUGUUGUAAAAAUGCCAAGGAAUGAUAAUAAAGUUGAGCAAAAGCCAAGGAAGUUCGGAA